CUCUCUUCCACCACAACAUCCACACCGCAGCCAUGUCCGCCGCCCCCGCCCCCGACGCUCCCGCUACCGCGCCCGCAAAGGUCGCCCUCAUCGUCGUCGACGUCCAGAACGACUUCCUCCCCCCCUCGGGCUCGCUCCAGGUGCCUGGCGGUCUCGAGGUCGUCCCCGCCAUCUCCGAGCUGCUCGACGGCAAGAAGCUCAACCACAAGUGGGACCUUGUCGUUGCGUCGCAGGACUUCCACCCCGAGGGCCACAUCUCGUUCGCGUCCAGCCACCCCGGCCACAAAAAGUUCCAAACCAUCGAGACCCGCGAUGCCCGUGGUUUCGACUACGAGCAGAUGCUCUGGCCCGACCACUGCAUCCAGGGCACCAAGGGCAGCGAGAUCCACGCCGACCUGCUCCCCAAGCUCCAGGCUUACGGCGACAAGUUCAAGCUGAUCAGGAAGGGAUUCAACAAGGGCGUCGAGGCCUACUCGGCCUUUGACGGCGUCAUCUCGGAUGCCGCCAACCCGCCCCCUCUCCCCACCGAGAUCGACCCCCAGCCCACGCGCAAGAUCGUCGAGGCCCUCCGCGCCGAGGGCAUCAAGAAGGUUGUCGUUGUCGGUCUCGCAGGUGACUUCUGCGUCUCGCACACCGCCCUCUCUGCCCUCUCCUCGCGCUUCGACACGGCCGUCUACCUGCCCGCCACGCGCGCCAUCAACGGCCGCGACGCCGACGAGAACUUUGACAAGCUCGUCGCGUUUGGCGGCAGCACAAUCGGCAACAAAAAGUCGGACCGCUGGUACGACCAGCUCAACGCGUGGAUCGCCAAGUAGAGGAGGCCAGUGCCGCACCGUAGAUGAGAUGCGAUGCUUGCUGCAGACGACAG